AUGAGUCGAUCUCUAUCACCAACAAAUAGCAAUAGAACAAGUCCCGUUGACGACCUUGAGAAACAAGAUGCUUCUUCAACAGAUAAAGUUCCCUCUCAUCAGGGAAAGCCUCCUGGACCAGGCGACCAAUACGCCCCCCGAACCGCCAAGUUCUGGACCAUCAUGCUAUGCAACUACCUCUCCCUUUUCCUCGUUGCCCUCGACCGCACAAUCAUCACAACCGCCAUUCCGCGCAUAACCGACGAAUUCAACAGUCUAGGUGACAUUGGCUGGUAUGGAUCAGCCUACAUGCUCGCCAGCGCCAUAUCGCAACCUUUAUUUGGCCGUAUCUACAAAUAUUACGAUAUGAAAUGGGCCGUGAAUGGUAUGAUAUUUGGUAUCACCUCUGUGUUGGGUCCAUUGAUCGGCGGUGGAUUGACCGACGGUGCUACGUGGCGAUGGUGCUUUUAUAUCAACCUCCCCAUCGGCGCCGUGAGCUGGACUUUUAUGGCCCUUGUCUGGCACCCGGAAAAACCAAAGCGCGAAUCCGCUUCUACCGCAACGCAUAUCAAACGACUCGAUCCCUUGGGUAUGUCGCUUUUCGCGCCAGCCGUCAUCUGUUUGCUUCUGGCUUUGCAAUGGGGUGGAUCAACCUACGCCUGGAACAAUGCUCGUAUAAUCGCUCUAUUUGUGGUUUUCGGUGUCCUCUUUUUGGGGUUUGUGGCUGUUCAAAUCUGGAAACCGGAAACUGCAACAAUUCCGGGCAGGAUCAUCAAACAACGAAGCAUUAUCAGCACGUCCAUAUACAUUCUAUCAGUGUAUAGUACUAUGAUGAUGCUGAUAUACUAUCUCCCAAUAUGGUUCCAAACCGUCAAAAUGGUCAGCGCCGUCAAAUCAGGCAUCUAUACAAUCCCUCUUGUCCUCAGCCUAAUGGUCUCCGGCUUCAUUGCCGCCUUCAUGACCCAAAAGAUCGGCUACUACGUGCCCUCCAUGUACCUCUGUCCAUGCUUUCUAGCCGUCGGAACAGGGCUAAUGUCAACAUUUACCAUCUCUACCGGCUCUUCACACUGGAUCGGUUACCAAUUCAUCUGCGGGUUUGGCCUUGGUCUCGGAACACAAAACGCUGCUCUGGUCAUACAACGCAUCCUCCCCAUGACCGACAUCUCGAUAGGGUUUUCCUUAAUGUUGCUUUUACAGCAACUGGGGGGCGCUGUAUUCACAUGUGUCGGCGAGACGGUGCUGAAUAAUGUGCUUAUUUCCCAACUUGCUGGUGUGCCCGGUAUAGAUACGAAUGCGAUUGUGGACCAGGGAAUUACGGAUUUGGCUUCGGUUGUACCGGCGCAGUAUAUGAUUGUUGUGCAAGAGGCAUAUAACAAGGCGUGUACGAGGAUAUUUUUGGUGUGCAUGGGCUUGACGUUGGUGGGUGCUGUUAGUUCUUUGGGGCUGGAAUGGAAGAGUAUUAAGAAGGGGAAGAACGGCCAAAAGGCGGGUGAUGGUCCCACUGAAAAGACUGUCUCUAGUGAUGGGAAGGAUGAAGAGAAUGACCAGAAGACGGAAACCGAAAAAUAA